GGGGAUGGAGCUGGAGGGGUCCUCCUUUUUCCUCCCGAUCCCUCUCAUUCCCGGCCCCGGGAGGCGGUGGCGGCCCCGGAGGCGGAGCCAGAGCCCGGGCUCCGGAGCCACAUCCUGCAAAAGGAGGAGCGGGGCGGCGGCGGGGCCGGGAGCGGGACCGGGAGCGGGGCGGCGGCGGGACCGGCACCGGUGAACCGCAGCGCCGUGGCCGCCCCCGCCCCAGUCUCCCAACCCCGCGCCGCCGCCCAGGAUGUGGUGGGACGAGCGAGUGUCGGCUCGGUUCCGGAGGAACCUGCAGCCCACCCUCACCUACUGGAGCGUCUUCUUCAGCUUCGGCCUCUGCAUCGCCUUCCUGGGGCCCACGCUGCUGGACCUGCGCUGCCAGACCCAGAGCUCCCUCUCGCAGAUCACUUGGGUCUUCUUCUCCCAGCAGUUCUGCCUCCUGCUCGGCAGCUGCCUCGGAGGGGUCUUCAAGAGGACGUUGGCUCAGUCCUUGUUUGCUCUCUUUGCCUCAUCCCUGGCCAUCUCCUUGGUCUUUGCCAUCAUCCCUCUGUGCCACAAUGUGGUGGUCCUGGCUGUGGUGAUGGCAGUGGCAGGCCUGGCCAUGGGUUGCAUCGACACCAUCUCCAACAUGCAACUGGUGAAGAUCUACCAGAAGGACUCAGCCAUCUUCCUGCAGGCCCUUCACUUCUUCGUGGGCUUUGGAGCGCUGCUGAGCCCCCUGAUAGCUGACCCCUUCCUCUCAGACACCAACUGCAUCCUCUCCAACUCCACUGCCAAUGCCUCCAGCAACCUCCCCCACAUCCGCAAGUCCCUGGUCCCUCACCACCCUGGCAACCUCUCUCACUACGACCUGCCCAUGAAGGGCAUGGUGGUCACCCGAGUGUCCUAUGCCUUCUGGAUCAUGGCCCUCAUCAAUCUGCCGGUGCCCAUCGCUGUGUUCUUCCUGCUCUACAAGGAGCGGAUGGUGCCCUGCUUCAGCAGCAGCAGCCACCCACUGCUGCCCGCCGACGAGCUGGCACUGGAGACACGGCCCCCGGAGAAGGACGAGCUCCCCCCCAGCCUGCAGAGAGCACAGGCAGCAGGAGGUCAUGAUGACUUACUUAGCUGCUGCCAAAGCAAGAACUUCAGAGGGGCUUCUUACACCUACUUUGCAGUCCACAUCACUGGGGCUCUUGUUCUCUUCAUGACUGAUGGCAUUGUGGGGGAGUACUCAGGCUUCAUCUACAGCUACGCGGUGGAGGAGCCUCUCUCCGUGGUGCACAAGGUGGCUGGAUACCUGCCCAGCCUCUUCUGGGGCUUCAUCACGCUGGGCAGGCUCAUCUCCAUCCCCGUGUCCUACCGCAUGAAGCCAGCAACCAUGGUCUUCAUCAACGUGGUUGGAGUCCUGAUUACCUUCCUCCUGCUCCUCAUCUUCUCCUCCAGUGUUGUCUUUUUGUUUGUGGGGACAGCAUCCCUGGGGCUGUUCCUCAGCAGCACCUUCCCCAGCAUGCUGGCUUACACUGAGGACAUCCUGCAGUACAAAGGCUGUGCCACAACUGUGCUAGUGACUGGAGCUGGGAUUGGAGAGAUGGUGCUGCAGCUGCUGGUGGGAUCGAUCAUACACGAGCAGGGCAGCUACAGUUUCCUGGUCUGUGGGAUGAUCUUUGGAGGCUUGGCCUUUACCUUCUAUGCUCUGCUCUUGUUUUUCCACAGGAUGUACCCCAAGCCCUCAUCAGCUCUGGAUGAAGCCUCACCUGACAAACCAGCAGCCAUGGAUGACACUGGGCAGUAUCAACGCUAAAGAAGUGGCCAAGCUCCAGCCAAGCAAUAAAACCAAGCCACCAACUGAAGCAUUACUGCUAAGGAUGAUCUCAGAUGCAAUGGACUGAGUCAUGCAAGUUGUCUGCAACCAAAAGCACCUUAGGAUGGGUAAGUCAGAAUCAAGAAAACAUCCUCAAGCACCACGUUGAGCCUAAGCACAAGCUACCCACCUCCUGGGUACCAGAGACUGGCAGCAGCACAUGGAGCCUGUGUCUGGAGGGCUGCAGGGGAUGGCAGGGAGGAGGGGACAAGAGGUGCUGCUGGAAAUGAACUUCCUCACCAGUUCAGGACAGAGUGAGAAGGAAGAAGCAGCUGCUGCUGGAUAUGAACUUCCUCACCAGAUCAGGACAGAAGGUGAGAAGGAAGAAGCAGCUGCUGCUGGCUAUGAACUUCCUCACCAGUUCAGGACAGGUGAGAAGGAAGAAGCAGCUGCUGCUGGCUAUGAACUUCCUCACCAGUUCAGGACAGGUGAGAAGGAAGAAGCAGCUGCUGCUGGAUAUGAACUUCCUCACCAGUUCAGGACAGAGUGAGAAGAAGAAGCAGCUGCUGCUGGAAAUGAACUUCCUCACCAGAUCAGGACAGGUGAGAAGGAAGAAGCAGCUGCUGCUGGAUAUGAACUUCCUCACCAGUUCAGGACAGAGUGAGAAGGAAGAAGCAGCUGCUGCUGGAUAUGAACUUCCUCACCAGUUCAGGACAGAGUGAGAAGGAAGAAGCAGCUGCUGCUGGAUAUGAACUUCCUCACCAGUUCAGGACAGGUGAGAAGGAAGAAGCAGCUGCUGCUGGAUAUGAACUUCCUCACCAGUUCAGGACAGAGUGAGAAGGAAGAAGCAGCUGCUGCUGGAUAUGAACUUCCUCACCAGAUCAGGACAGAAGGUGAGAAGGAAGAAGCAGCUGCUGCUGGAUAUGAACUUCCUCACCAGUGGGGUUGGCAAAGAGGUCCUCUGUUGCAUGGCUUGACUGAAGCCCUCCUGACUUAGAUACUGAACUUUAGAGAUCUUUUGGCCUCUUGCACAGCAUCCCCACAGUUCACAGCACAAUACUGGGUUGGAAUUCAUUUCACUUUUCUACAACAGACUCAAUGUCACCUCCAUAUCAACUUCCAAAGUUUGGGGGGGGGGGGAGGGAGGGGGAAAGUGACCCAAGUGGCAGCAGCCACCGAGUGCAAUGCUGUAGCAGAACCUGCCUGGACCUGGCUGCCUUUGCAGAGCUGCUUCCUGUAUAUUCACCCAGCACCAGCCACCUCCCCUGAGACUCAGCAUGCUAAAGCCUCUGGAUUAUUCAAAUCAUUUGCUUUUUCUCCUUUCAGUUUUUUUAAGUCCAGAAUGAGUUGUGCUGAAUUUAUUUUUAAGGCUAAUUGGGGGUUUUUUUUGGUUGCUUUCAGCCACUGGUUUUUUCUUUCAGCUGCUGCAGCCACAGUGGUUGGUUUGGGUUUGGGUUUUGGUUGUUUUUUUUUAGGGAUUGAUGAUUUGGGUUGUUUUUUUUUAGCUUCCAGUCGAAGCUUAAACCAAGGAGGUUGGGUGGGAGUCAACCUCCAGCUGCUUGAUCUGUGCAAUAUUUUACCUGGUGCCUUCUGAGGUACUCACAUAACCCAUGCAUGACCUGUUCCAAGCUGAGAAGCAAGGACUGGCUUUAAAGGAGUGGGAAGCUGCCUCCAUCUAGCUCUCGAGGGAGGAUGGGACAGGGGCUGCUUUUGCUUGAACUGCUGUAUGUGGAUGUACAUAUGGAGCUGUGGAUAGAAAGCAGUGUUUAAUUAAAGCUGAUUGAUUGGAGAUUCUCA